AUGUCUGCACUGGACUUGAUCGACCACUCCCCGCACCACCCCGCCGCCGCGCCGGCCUUAGCGACCGCCUCGAACCUUAUCCUCAUAGACAACUACGACUCCUUCACCUGGAACGUCUACCAGUACCUGGUUCUCGAGGGCGCCAAUGUCACCGUCUUCCGCAAUGACGAGGUCACCCUCGACGAGCUCAUCGCGAAGAACCCUACCCAGCUGGUCGUUAGCCCUGGCCCCGGACACCCAGAGUCGGACUCCGGCGUGAGCAGGGAGGCUAUCAAGCACUUUGCCGGCAAGGUGCCCGUACUCGGCGUCUGCAUGGGAGAGCAGUGCAUCUACUCUGUUUUCGGAGGUCGCGUCGAUGUUACCGGAGAGAUUUUGCAUGGCAAAACUUCGCCGCUGCGCCAUGACGGCAAGGGCGUGUACGCGAACGUGCCUCAGGAUGUUCCCGUCACCAGGUACCACUCGUUGGCUGGCACGCACCCGACGCUUCCCGAGUGCUUGGAGGUUUCUUCCUGGAUCGCGGCUGGACCCGACGGCGGAAAGGGCAUAAUCAUGGGCGUGAGGCACAGGGAAUACUUGAUUGAGGGUGUUCAGUUCCACCCGGAGAGUAUCCUGACCGCUGAGGGACGGUUGAUGAUCAAGAACUUCCUGAAGAUGCAGGGUGGAACUUGGGCCGAGAACGAGAAGCUCUCAAAGAAGGAUGCUGCCGCUUCAGAGGCUACCAACGGCGCCAUUGUCCCGGACAAGAAGACUUCGAUUUUGGAGAAGAUCUACGACCACCGCCGCGCGGCUGUUGCGGCGCAAAAGGAAAUUCCUUCGCAGAGGCCGGUUGACCUCCAGGCUGCUUUCGACCUCGGCAUUGCUCCUCCUCAGAUCUCUUUCCCGGAUCGUCUGAAGCAGUCCCCGUACCGGUUGUCGCUGAUGGCUGAGAUUAAGCGGGCAUCUCCCUCGAAGGGCAUCAUUUCACUGUCCACCUGUGCGCCCGCUCAGGCGCGGACGUAUGCUCUUGCGGGUGCCAGCGUCAUUUCUGUGCUCACUGAGCCCGAAUGGUUCAAGGGAAGCAUUGACGAUCUGAAAUACGUUCGUCAAGCUCUCGAGGGCAUGCCCAACCGCCCCGCUAUCCUUCGGAAGGAAUUUGUGUUCGAGGAGUAUCAGAUUCUUGAGGCUAGGUUGGCCGGAGCGGACACUGUUCUGCUGAUCGUCAAGAUGCUUGACGAGGCGACUCUUAAGAGGCUGUACCUCUACUCUCAGUCCCUUGGCAUGGAGCCGUUGGUUGAGGUCAACAAUGUGGAGGAGAUGCAAAUUGCAGUCAAGCUUGGAUCUAAGGUCGUUGGUGUCAACAACCGUAACCUGGCCAACUUUGAGGUCGAUUUGGAGACGACGAGUCGUCUGAUGGACAUUGUCCCCAAGGAGACCAUUGUGUGCGCGCUCAGCGGUAUCUCUGGACCGAAGGAUGUGGAGCCGUACGAGAAGAAUGGCGUCGGCGCUGUUCUUGUGGGUGAGGCUCUCAUGAGGGCUCAGAACACUGCGGAGUUUAUUGCGCAGCUCCUCGGCGGUUCACAAAGCACUGUGCAAACCAAGCCGCGCGCGGCACCUCUGGUCAAGAUCUGCGGUACUCGCUCAGCGGAAGCUGCUAAGGCGGCCAUCGAAGCGGGUGCCGACCUGAUUGGCAUCAUUCUUGUCGAGGGCCGCACGCGCUGCGUCUCGAACGAGACUGGCCUUGAGAUCUCGCAAGUGGUCCACAGCACGCCCAAGGCACGCAGGAAGGACGCCGCCCCAACCUCGAGCAGCAUCCCCAACGCCGCGUCAGAAUUCUUCGCCCACACGCCGCAGCACCACCUCUCGCACCCUUCGCGCGCGCUGCUCGUCGGCGUGUUCCGCAACCAGCCCCUCGACUACAUCCUCGCGCAGCAGAAGGCGCUCAACCUCGACAUCGUGCAGCUGCACGGCUCCGAGCCUGUCGAAUGGGCCUCGCAGAUCCCGGUGCCGGUCAUCCACGCGUUCAAGCCCACCGAGGCUGGCCUCACCCGCCGCAACUACCACGCUAUCUCGCUGCUGGACUCGGGCGCCGGUGGCUCCGGCCAGAAGCUCGACCUAAGUGAGGUCAAGGAGACGCUGCAGCGCGAUCCGAGCUUGCGCGUCUUGCUGGCUGGUGGUCUGGGGCCGGAGAACGUCGCCGAUGCGAUUAGGGAGCUUGGAGAGCUGGGCGAGAGGGUCGCUGGUGUUGAUGUUAGUAGCGGUGUUGAGGUGGAUGGGAAGCAGGAUUUGGAUAAGAUUAGGGCGUUUGUUGAGGCGGCGAAAAGUGCUUAG